AUGAUACUUGAAUAUGCCGUAAUAUAUUCUGAUUUAAUCCUUAGCUAAAAGAAGAAGACGAAUACAAAAGAAUGACCAAUAUCACUCGAGGAUGUCAAUAAUUAGCACAACAACUGCCAUUUUAUGAAACUUUCACCAACUCCAAUUUAAUAAGAUAAUGUACUAUUAAUAUUACUAUUGAGUGUUCUGUUGUUACCCCUUUUAGGAAGAACCUAUAAGACUUUUGCUCAACAUUAUGAUGGAGAGAUUUUAAAAUCUAGAGUUCUUGAAUUGUUUACACAAAGGUCUGAGCGAACUUUCCCUAUUGCAAGAAUAAAAGACUAUGUUAAGUUGUAGAUCAGCCGGGAGGAGAAGAAAGAGUCAAUAAAAGUACUGAAAUAUAAUAUUAGGAUUAUAAGCGGGAUAGGCAUACGCUAAAAAUGUAAUUGAAAGUUUGGUAAUUUCAAAGCAAUUCGGAG